AUGAGGCCGCUCCUCGCCCUGCUGCUCCUGGGCCUGGCGACCGGCUCGGCCCCUCUGGACGACAACAAGAUCCCCAGCCUGUGCCCGGGGCACCCGGGCCUCCCCGGCACGCCGGGCCACCACGGCAGCCAGGGCCUGCCGGGCCGCGACGGCCGCGACGGCCGCGAUGGCGCGCCGGGGGCUCCGGGAGAGAAAGGCGAGGGCGGGAGGCCGGGCCUCCCGGGGCCGCGUGGGGAGCCCGGGCCGCGAGGAGAGGCAGGACCCAUGGGAGCAACCGGGCCGGCGGGCGAAUGCUCGGUACCUCCGCGCUCCGCCUUCAGCGCUAAGCGCUCUGAGAGCCGGGUGCCCCCGCCGUCGGACGCGCCCCUACCCUUCGACCGCGUGCUGGUGAACGAGCAGGGACAUUACGACGCCGUCACCGGCAAGUUCACCUGCCAGGUGCCCGGGGUCUACUACUUUGCCGUCCACGCCACCGUCUACCGGGCUAGCCUGCAGUUUGAUCUGGUCAAGAACGGCGAGUCUAUCGCCUCUUUCUUCCAGUUCUUCGGGGGGUGGCCCAAGCCAGCCUCGCUCUCCGGGGGCGCCAUGGUGAGGCUGGAGCCUGAGGACCAGGUGUGGGUACAGGUGGGCGUGGGGGAUUAUAUUGGCAUCUAUGCCAGCAUCAAGACAGACAGCACCUUCUCUGGAUUUCUAGUGUAUUCUGACUGGCACAGCUCCCCUGUCUUCGCUUGA